GUAUUAUUUUAUACUUCCGUCAGCAGUUUACUGUGCUUGUCUGUCUGUUUGGUCUGCUUAUUUUUUUUUUACACAUGCGCAGACGUCUUCACAACUAGGAAGUAGCUGCUGCUACAGUAUCAGUGUAAGGGUGAAAGUCGCUGCUAUUUGUGUACAGUUGAUGCUUGUUUUUUAUGGAGGAGGUCAAAUUUCCCCCACUUUGCUUCCAUUAACACUUUUAUUCUUAUCUAUCUGUAUCAGUUUAUGUCUAACACAAGAGACAGAAACAUGACCUUGACCCAUAUAUCUCACUUUACAUACCAAUCAUCAGAACUUCAACUUGAAUUUGUGGCAUCAUUAUUUUUGCAUUAAUUUUUAUAUAGAUCAGAUCAGUAACUUUGAGUGUAGAAACUCGUCAGUCUUCUAGUACUGUGCUGGAGUCAGUAACAGUUGCAGCCCCCUCCUUAUCUUUAUUUGCAGGUUUCACAGAAAAAGAUAAUUGGACAACAAGCAUUUAAAAAAAUAGUAACACACAGUUGACUGUAUGUAUUUUCAUCAAUGAAUUAUUGACAUGAAGUUAAGUUCUAUAUAUUCUGCUGCUAACUCAAUGAAGCACCAUGGUAGUACUAUGGUUUUUAUGGAGAUGUACCAUGUUACUACCACCUGUUUCAGCAACAUAUUGAUUGCUUUUCAAAUUACCAAUACUUUUGCAGUUAAUAUUGAUUCAUUACAGGUUCUCAUAAAAAUGUGGAUUGUAUUGCUGCUGCUCUCAGUAUGUUCAGAGACAGUCAUUUGCUACAGUAAUGGAAAAGUUGAAGUGGCUUGUGGGGACAUGACACCCCAACAUGGCCAUGAUCCCAGCACCAAACAUCCACCAUUUAAAAUCAUAGCAGACAAAUCCCAAUUCAGCCCUGGAGAAGAAAUCAAAGUGACAUUAUCAAUGGCGUCUUUAGAGGGCAAACAUUACUUCAAAGGAUUCCUCAUAGAAGCAAGAAAUGCUGGGAAUCUCACUGAAAAUGUUGGAUCAUUUAAGUUAAUCAAUCCUAACACAUCUCAGCUUCUUACGUGCGAUAGUAAAGAGGGCUCUGCUGUGAGUCAUACCGAUGAAUCCCAUAAGACUGAGGUCCAGGUGAUCUGGGUUGCACCAUCUGACUCUCCGUCCAGUGUGCAGUUUCUGGUAACUGUUGCCCAAGGCUAUAAAGAAUACUGGGUGAAGAGUCCAGGUCCCGUGGUGUCCCAAACUACAACUUCCUCAAUACUGUCACAUUCGUUCACGUCUGAGGGCUGUGGAAGCAGGAAGUCCUGUCUGAGAGAUCCAGAGGGCUGUGACCCACAAAAUGACACGGCGUGUCACUUCCUGUCCUUUAGGGCAUUGACAAAUAGCGUGAUGUUUGAGCUCAGUGGACCUGCAGAGGGUUACGUGUCCUUUGCCUUAUCACAGGACAAAUGGAUGGGGAAAGAUGAUGUCUACUUGUGUAUUAGAGACACAGACAGAGUUGAAAUCAAGGCUGCAUAUGUUUCUGGAAGGACUCACCCAGAACACUCUUCACAGAACAUUCUGAAAGACACAGCAUGGAGGCUGUCAGAUGGAGUGGUUCAGUGUAGCUUCCACAGAGACAUAAUCCUCCCACCUGAGAAUCUGAAUAGGUUCAAUCUGGACCAGAUGUACUACCUCUUUAUGGCUCAUGGUCGAGCUGAAGAUGGGCAAACCCAUCGACAUGACCGCCAGCCUCUGAUUUCAACCUAUCAGACAGCCAUAACGGGAUCUCCUGAGGAUCUAACUGGUUCUCGAUCGCCCCUGCUCAUGAAAUAUCAUGGGGCUUUCAUGCUGAUCGCCUGGACAUCGACAGUCAGUGCUGGUGUCAUCAUGGCACGAUACUUCAAACCCGAUUGGCCCGAAAGGAAUAUCUUUGGGCAGAAGGUCUGGUUUCAGUUACAUCGAAUGCUAAUGGCCCUCACAGUUCUGCUCACCUUGGUCGGCUUUGUUUUGCCUUUUAUGUACAGAGGAGGCUGGAGCAAGCGGGCAGGCAUACACCCCUAUUUGGGCUGUGCUGUUAUGGUACUUGCUGUCGUCCAACCUGUCAUGGCACUUUUCAGACCUGCACCAGACGCCUCAAGGAGAUAUAUCUUCAACUGGAUGCAUUUUGGAACAGGAACAGCCGCUCAAGUCGUGGCUGUUGUCACCAUCUUCCUCGGGAUCCAUCAGCAAGCUCUGCUCCUGCCUGCUCCGUGGUCCACAGGGGUCCUGGCAGCCACUGUGGUGUGGUUUGUGCUGGCAGAUUUGGUUCUGGAAGUCCAUCGAAGGGGAUUUUUACCUAUAGGUAAAUAUUUUAAAAAUGUCAAAAUCUACACUGAACAUAUUAAUUCUGAUGACACAGAGGAGAUUGUGUUUGUUUCUGAUGAGAAUGAGACUUCUGGUGUGGAAUCUUGUUUUAAAAACAUAGUUCUGGCUAUUUAUCUUUGUGGAAAUCUGGGAUUUCUAACUGUUCUCCUUUGGACCAUCAGUGCAGUAUGACACACUUUCAGCAGUCGUUUACACAUUAAGUCUUUGGGACUUUCACUAAUUGUGCCUAUUUUAAAACAUACCAAAGAAAAUAUAGAGUAUGAUUUAAUUAUGACAGGCAACUUGUCAAUUUACAGUGAUUAUUAGAAUGAAGAAUUUGUCUGAUUUGAAAUAAAAUUUCUUUUCUGCUGAGGUAUAAAUCAAUUUAGUAUAUUUUAGCACUUUUUUGUAAUUUAUUUUUUAUUAUAUGUACAAUAUGGCUUAACUAUAAAAUUAUUUGUUGUAAAGAACAACUUCUGCCUGUUAUUUAAAUGUCUCUUCCUGGUCUGCUUUUUUAAGUCUUUUUUAAACCGGAAGAACAUAUGUGACCCUGAACGACAAAACCAGUCUUAAGUGUCAAUUUUUGUGUCAAGCUGAAUAAAUAAGCUUUCCAUUGAUGUAUGGUUUUUUAGGAUCAGACAAUAUUUGGCCGAGAUACAACUAUUUGAAAAUCUGGAAUCUGAGGGUGCAAAAAAAUCUAAAUAUUGAGAAAAUCGCCUUUAAAGUUGUCCAAAUGAAGUUCUUAGCAAUGCAUAUUACUAAUCAAAAAUUAAGUUUUGAUACAUUUACGGUAAGAAAUUGACAAAAUAUCUUCAUGGAACAUGAUCUUUACUUAAUAUCCUAAUGAUUUUUGGCAUAAAAGAAAAAUGGAUAAUUUUGACCCAUACAAUGUAUUUUUGGCUAUUGCUACAAAUAUACCCCAGCGACUUAAGACUGGUUUUGUGGUCCAGGGUCACAUAUUUCCUUUGUGUGAUAUUGGGUGGCCGCAUUAAAUUAACAGUUUUCAGAUCAAGUAAUUAUGCUGGACUGGUCUUGACACGGUGUAUGUUUUUUUCUAAAUAUAAAAUCAUGUUUUAAUUUAUUCUUGAUUCUAGUGCCUAAUAUUGAUUUGUGCAUUUAAAGGCCGUUGCUGUCGCCUGAAAUGUAAAUAUUAUUAGCGAUGUGUCCGUUCUGUACAGACUGAAUGUAGUUUGGAUGAAGUGGACCAUUUAUUUGAGGUUUUUACUCUGUAACAGAUCAAAGAUUAUUUUUAAAUAAACUUCAUAAAAAUUAAA